AAUCUUUGGAGAGUCGUCGGGAUCGGUGCUUCGCUGGUUCGGUGGUUGUCUCGGAAAAUUCGAAACGGAAAAGUGAACACACAGCAUGUAUUGAAAAAUUGGAAAACGUCUGAACACAAUUCACAUACGAGUGCUGGGGAAAAGCGGGAGGAGGUGCCGUGAAAAGGGAUCGGCAGAGUUGAACGAGUCGGAAACAUAAAUUGAGGCGCGAAAUUGGCCAGGGGACGAAGGCGCUGUAAGGAGAGCGACCGAGGCAAGUGAGCAUGUCGGCCAGGCGAGCUCAGUCGCUGCCUCCGCACAUGCUGGAGCCAGAGAAGCCGCAACGUGGACGCUGUGUGGCUGCCAUCUGUUUCUCCUGGAAGGUGCUCACCUGCAUUGUGUCCCAUGUGCUGCUCGUCUUGCUCGUUGUUUCCUAUUGCGUAGGCGGCGCAUAUCUCUUUCAGCACUUGGAACGACCCCACGAGAUCGAGGUUAAGAAAGAUAUACAGAAUUUGCGUUUUAAUCUCACCGAACGCAUUUGGCUGCUAUCGGAUGAUGCAGCUGUGCUGCGAGAGAACGAUUGGAUGGCGAAUGUGAGCAAACAUUUGGCCAACUUUGAGAAGCAGAUACUGACAGCCAUCAAGGCAGAUGGCUGGGAUGGCGACGAGGAUGUUCGCAAAUCUCAAUGGACAUUUGCGGGCUCACUUUUCUACUCCAUCAUAGUGAUAACGACAAUAGGCUAUGGCCACAUAUCACCGCGCACGGACUGGGGCAAGGUGACAACGAUCUUCUACGCCAUUGUUGGCAUCCCAUUGAUGCUGCUCUGUCUGUCCAACAUUGGCGACGUGAUGGCCACAUCAUUUCGUUUUCUCUACUGGCGCAUCUGUUGCUAUGUGUGCACCCGAUCAGCGAAGCGUCCAAAGAGUCGUGAUCGUCGCUCCAGGCAGCGUUCGAUAAGAAUGCGGCCACAACGUGUGGCAUCCAGAAGUCAGCCGCCGCCUUCGUUCCGUCGCUCCAUGAAGCUGACACAACGCUCGAAUAAUGACUCUGGUCUGGGACCUUCAAUGGGUCAUGCUUAUUCCGAUCCCGAGCUGCGCUACGGACGAGGUGCUUACGAUGAUCGUGAUCGGGAACGCGAUCGCGACUUUGGUGGCGGUCAUCGUGGCAGCAGCGGACGCCAGCGACGCCAUCAACAGCAGCAGCAACAUCAGAUCUACACACAACCACUGCAGCAUGAGCCUCGCCAGCGUCACACCAUCUACGGAGAUGAGUACGAACCGCAGAACUUCAAUCGUGCCACUCGAUACAGCAGUCGGCAAAGGCAGCGCGAUCGCAUGCGAGAUCGUCACACUGUGGAGCGAGAACGUUAUUUGGGCCACUCCAGAACACACAUUCAUGGAUCCAUCGAUGACUUUAGCGACAUGAACCCGCCAGCCAAGCGUGCAGCCAGCGUACGCUCCGUGCGUUCACCACAGCCUCAGCAUCAGCAUCACCAACAGCAGCAGCAGGAGACGCGUGCCUCACGUGAAUUGCAUCGUCUUCAUUCGGCGCCGGGACGCGCCAAGUCGGUGGAUCCGCGGCACAACUCGUCACACUACGAAGAUGUGGAUGAAGAUGUGGUGCGGAAAACGCCCAUUAUACCCAAUCGCUAUGCACUGGACGAUGAUGAUUUGGCGCAUCGUGGACAGCAGGCGAGGAAUGCGCCAAGAAGUCAAUCGAUGCCCAGAUCGGCGCAUCGUCGACGUCAGCGUGAAAUGGAGCGCGAACGUUCACCGGCACCUGUUCACCAUCAUCAACAACAGCAGCGUCCAAAUGGAAGACGUGCUGGGAGCUUGGGUCGCCAGUCUUCGCGCUAUGGCAAUCAUCUGGAGCCGCCGGAUUACGAUGCGGCGCCGCAGCGACAACGACGAGGACGUUCGCCACGGUAUCACGAUGACUAUGUGGAGGAGAGCUUCGAUGAGCAAUCGCUGUACGACGACAACGAUAUCUAUGAGGAUUACCCGGUGCGUCAUAGUUCACGCAGUCGCGAACCACGUCGGGAGCGGCGUCGCGAACGUCGUCUGCCUCCAUCGCCACGCAUCAUGUCACCCAUGGGAUUUCCUGUGCAGCGUCAGAUACGAAGACGUUCCAGCUAUGACUACGACGAAGAGGAUUCCACGUAUGGCGAUGACUAUGGCGAUCGCUUUGAGUUAGUGCCCAAGGACAGACCUGUGCCCAUCUGGCUGUGCGUCUUUCUCGUUGUGAGCUACAUUUUGGGUGGUGCUGUUCUAUUUGCCUUCUGGGAGAAAUGGUCUUUCUUGGACUCGGCGUACUUCUGCUUCAUCACGUUGACUACCAUAGGUUUUGGCGACUUUGUACCUGCAAAGGGUGUCAAGGAUGAGUCGGAGCAGUCGAUAGCCUACUGCUCACUCUAUUUGCUGUUUGGCAUCGCUUUGUUGGCCAUGAGCUUUAAUCUGGUGCAGGAAGAGUUCAUAGCCAAUGUCAAGGAAGUGGCUCGUCGCCUGGGCAUUUUAAAGGAUGACGAGGACGAGCAACAAGAGGCCGACUAA